AUGAGUCUAAACUAAAAUGAUUAACAUAUUCAGCACAAGUAACAAUCCUCAUAAUAGCUGGAUAUAAAAAGCACCGAGAUUAUAUAAGAUCCCUUUCCAAUCUAAAAAUACAAUUCAUUGUAACCAGUCACAAAAUAAGCAAUUGAUAGUCAAAUCAGAGCUUAAUCACCUCAACUUUAAACAUUACAACAGCAAUAAAAGUUGAAAGACAAAAUUUCCCCUUAAACAAAAAUAAUACCAUCUUAAUAGCUGUAUACCUAGGGCUAAGGCUAAUCAUAAACAAGGAAUAGCAUUAUCAAUAAUUAAAGCUUGACAUAAUAAUACCUAACUAAUCCUAAGUUUGUUCAACCCUAUUCAUAAUCUUAAAUUAAUCAAAUUGUCCCAACAGCCAUUGGUUUUAACCUCUAAGAAAAUUAAUAGUUUGCUAGUAAUAACAAAUUUCUACCUAGAAAGAAAAAAUCUGUUGUGAGUAAUAGCAAUAAUAAGCUAGCUGUUACUGGACUGCACUAAAACAACACCUAAUCCUUGAAUUAAAAUUUCGAUUUAAACAGUUUAAAUAUUGUAUCAAACUAAAAUCAUACUCUUCCGAUGAUGACUCCCUCUGCCAAUCUGGGAGGUUAGAUAUAAAGUUUACUUUCUAUAUCACCUGGGAAGCUAGAAGAGGUAAAAACCAGUAAAUCAGUUUCUAAUAAAGCGUAUAUGCUUGGAUAAUCAUAAAAUUCAUUGGAUGAAUCUUCAAAGAGAAGUUUCAAUCAGAACUAUCUCAAGUAGGUACAGAAAAUGAGUAAUUAAAAGUCAGUCGCAGAAGUUGGUAAUUUAAUAUCUAGAUUUGGAAAAAAUCAUGUUUAGAACACCGAAAAGGAAAAUGAAAGUAGAUCAUAUAGCUAAAUUCAAAAUAGCGCUAAUUCUAGUUCAAUACAACCUAAUGAAUUAUUUGAAAAUAUUGAACCAAGUCCAAACUUAAGAAACAUGAUAUAGAGCAAAUUAUAAGUAAUACAAUCAACUCAGGCAUGGGUUAAGCAAAUUAUUUUAGUAUAAAAACAAAAUCAUCUCGAAAUUAAGCUGGAUUGCCAAAGAGUAGUUUAAGUUGGAACAAUAAUGAAUAAGACAGUUUUAUAUUAUCCAAUUAUGAACCAGCAAAAUAUUCUAACAAAAGAAAUGGAGUUAUUACAGCCUAUGGUGCUAAUACAAAUUAAGGUAUAAUCAGACCUAAGAGUAAGGAAGGAAAAAUAGAUGAGUGGCCUAAAUGUUCAUUUUUCGGUAUAUAUGAUGGACAUGGGGGAAAUUAAUGUGCCGAAUUCCUCAGGGAUUAUCUUCAUCAAUUCGUAAAUAUCAUUAAUUUAACUAUCAAAGAUCAUUAAAGAUGACAACUUCCCUUAAAAUCCAUUGAAAGCGAUUAGAAACGGCUUUAGAGAAGCAGAAAAGCUGUUCUUAGAGUUUGCUGAGAAGUAAGAUUAGGAGGUAGGAGAUAUCGACAGAUCAGGGUCUUGCGCUAUUGUUCUUCUAAUAAUAGAUGAAAUGUGUUAUGUUGCUAAUGUUGGAGAUAGCAGAGCAAUAAUGUCUGUUGAUGGAGGUGAGAAAAUAUACGGUUUAUCAAUUGAUCAUAAACCAACAGAAGAAGCAGAAAUGAAAAGGAUUACAACAAAUGGUGGCAAAAUAUAUUAAAACUCAAGCGUAAUUCCAACUCAAAACCCUGCUUUCAAAGGCCAGUAAUAAGUAAUCUAUGGACCUCAUAGAGUUUUCCCAGGAAGAUUAUCAGUUAGUAGAACUUUUGGAGAUAUAGAGGCAAAGUUUGAAAAAUAUGAAGGGAAUCCAAAAGUUGUUAUAGCAGAGCCAGAUAUAACUGCAUUCAAGAUAAACAAAAAUUUUGAUUACAUUUUAAUGGGUUGUGAUGGAAUAUUUGAUAAAAUCGAGACAAAAGAUUGCAUCCAUUUAAUUUGGCAAAAUAUCCAAAACUAAAAUAACUAAAAAACUGAAGAAACAUAGAAUGGGGAAUAAGAAAAUUCUUAAUCUAUGGAUGUUCAUAAGUAAUGUGGGUUAGCUGUUGACUCGAUACUAAAAACAUCAGCAUUAAGAAAGGCAUGCGAUAAUUUGACAGCAGUCAUAAUUGCUUUUGAUAAUUUUGAAAGCUUAAUCAAUAAUUACAAAUCAAAUGAAUAAAACUAAGAUUAUGUCAAUGAAGAUACUAUAGAGGAGAUAAUGCUUGUACCAAUCCCUGAACAAAGUGAUGAAACCAUGCAAAUAAAUGAUAUUGGAAGUAUGUCAUCACCAAUAAAAAAGAAUGAUGUCAUUUAUCUCCAUCAAAGUGAUCCUUUAAAUAAUUCAAACUAAAGUGAUAAUGAUAAUAGCUUAUUUUCUGAGGAUAUGAUCAGCAACCCUAAAUAUGUAAACAACAAUAAAUAAGCCUACGCUUAAUUUAGAUUGAGUAAUAAUAAUAAUAACCACAAUAUGCUUAGUGAGAUUUCUGAAGAGGAUGAUAUAUCAAUGCUCUCUGAAAGAGGAGGAAUUCUAUCAACUGGCAAAAAAAGUAAGGUCAAUUCUAAAAAUCCAUCUUAGCAACUGUCAAAAUAAAAGAUGGCAGGUUUAAUAUAUUAGCAACAAUAAAUGCCAAAUCAACAAAUCUCAGAGUUUCAGUUAUCUUAAAAACAGCCACUUAUUCUUUCAACUCAUCAAAUUCAGAAACCACAGCAUGAACAACAAAUUGAAAUGAUUUAAAGACCUUCUAAUUAGUAAGAUGCUCCGCUUUAAGAACUUGAGACACUUAAACUAAACCCUCUCAGAUAAUCUUUUAAUCAUAAAACUAAAACAAGGUUAAGUGAUUAAAUUAAAACUACAAAUGGUCAACCGUACAUGCAUUUAACAUCUUCUAAUAUAACAAACAAUAAUAACGUUGUUUCUUUCAUCAAUACUAACCUUGGAGAUGUGCCUGCUUAAAAGGUUUUAACGCCUAAUUAGACUACUAACUCUAAGAUUAUAAAUAAAAAAUAAGUUUCAAGGAAUUCUUUAAGACCUACAAAUUCACUAAAGGCCCAAACAUAAUAGGUGGCAGGACUUUUGGAAAGUCUAAAUAUUAACUCAUAGACUCUUACACAAAAUAUUCCGAGCUCUAAUCUAUACUCAAAUCAUACAUUAACUACUAUAAGACCGCUUUCCAGUUCUAAAAAGAGAGCCUCAACUUCAAAUGGAUUUAAUUCGACAAAUAACUAAAAAAAGGAUCAAAGAAUUUUAUUAACUGGAAAUCAGAUCUAACCUAUAAAUAACAUCACCACUGUCUCUUCGUUUUAAUCAUAGUCAAAACCAAUUUUUGAAUCUAAUAGGAAAAAUAGUUCUUCAGGAGUUACUCAGAAUCCUUCAGUAUAGAAACUAUAAAGGAUGCAUAUAAAUACGAUAAAUAAUCCUACUAUGUAGCAUACUUAGCAGGCAUAUAUAGCUAAGUUAAGUGGUUCUUAAUCUUAGAAUUCAUAAUAAAAAACUGUCGUUCAAUCAUCUAGAAACUAGCAGAUGAAUAAAGUGAAGAGAUGGUAAUCUUUAAAUAGAAUUAAUGGUCAUUAAUAUCAGACUAUUCAAAACACCAACAGUGUUUUGAAUGCUAAUCAUAACGUCUUGGAAUUAAAAGAUUCAAACUCAAAUCUAUUUGAUGAGGAUGACGAUUAGAUCAGCCAAGAGUGA